UCGGCAUCUUCUCCAGGCGGCCCCGGUCCGGACAGUGGGGCACAGGGCGGAGUUGGGUGCCCGGUAAGCUGCGGGUGUAGAUCGCUCGGCACACGUUACUAUGGAUUAGAGGGACCCUCCAGCGGAGAACAUGAGUUGUGACAUUAAGAAGCCUCCAGUAGCCCCUAAACCUAAAAGUUCUGUGGGCCAGAAACCUAGCCCACCACCUAUUGCACCCAAGCCAGAUGUAAUCCAGCCUAAAGUGGUACCAAGGAAAUCAAAGCCGACAAUUGCGCCCAAGCCAAAGGUCAUCAAUAGGUCAUCUGUUAUAGAAGACAGACCACAUAAUGCCAUCAAGUCAAGUCCUGAAAGCAGGGAGGAGCACACAAUAUCUGAAAACCUCACCGGUAAACUAGAAGCACCAGCCAGUAAUGAAAGUACCACAUUUAUUAUUUCACCAUGCUCCUGUAACAGUGACUGCAGUCACAAGAUUGAAAAUGGGGAGUACUUACAGAAAAAUCAAAAAGCAAUAGAUCAGCUAGAAAAUUUAGAAAAUAAAAAAAUGUGUGGGCAACCUAUUCCAUCUGCAAGAACAAGACGGAAACCUUGUAGUCAACAGGCAAAACCUUCAAAACUAAACCAAGGCAUUGUGAAGACCAGCAUUAUAGAAGAUAAGGUCAAAGAUGUAUUAACACAUACUGUCCUUGUCAAUGGUUAUACCUGCAAGGAAGAGAAUGCUGAGGAGGACAUGAAGACUGUCAGUAGCAAUGUUACUACAGGUUCUGGUGGUAAUACAGAAAACUGUCUCAAGUCCCACCAUCCACCUACUGCUACUUUUUAUAAUGGAGCUUCUCAGUUUCAUUUAGUUACUGAAUCUACGGAUAAUGUAAAACUAUGCAAUGGUUUAUUACCUGACAAGGAAUCAUUGAAUACAGAGGACAAUACAAAGUCUAGCCUUUUACCGCGGACGACUCCUCCCCAUAAAAAACUUCCAGUUCCAAAACCAAGGAAGCUGCAUACACCACGUUUAGUGCGACAGGAUUGCGUAGAUAAAACAGUGGAAACUGGUGAGAACUCCAUUCAAACACAUAUUGAACAGGUACAGAAUGAUGUGGACCAUUCUACAAUAAACGUGAACUCUGAUAAUCCCAUUGCAGACAGGGAAGAGGAUCCAAACUGCAAAGGUAGUAAAGAUCAACAGAGCUCAGGCAUUGUAGUGACUCCAAAUGAUACAGAAAGAGAAACUAUUGGGAAAUAUGUUGAAGAACUCCCAUACUCUGCAGAAAACAGCAACUUUAAAAGGUGUAGUACUCUAUCAAUGAGUUUACCAAAGCAGAUGAAACUUAUUUAUGAACAGCAAUUGCAUGUAAAGUCUACUGCCACAGAGAAAAAUGCAUCAAAUGUAAGUUCACCAAAAGUUGCUCCUAAGAAGCCUCAAAGAUACAGCUUACCUGCAGCUGGCCUGCUCAAAAAAGCUGUGUCCGAGGAGAAACUUCUUAGUUCCAGCAAUGAGGAUCCUACAGGACUAUGCACAAAACACCUACCAACUUCUGAGAAGCCAGUAUGGAAGUUGCAACACCCCAUAUUACCUUUCUUAGGUAGCCCAGAGACAAUAAAGAGUUCAUCAAGUAGUGAACCUCCAUAUCCACUAACCAAGCCUAGAGCUAAGUCUUUAUCUUCUGUUGAUAUGGAUAGAAUAGAUAAACCCUUACCUGAUAGUCCUAAAAAAAAUUCCUUAAAGAAGUUGCUCAACCUGAAGUUAUCUGUAUCUAUUAUAAAAAGUGACUUUCAGAAAUUUCUAUCUCGAGGCAAUCUUCUGGCAGACAAUGUCACAUCUGAUAUUUUUUCUUGUACUGGGCACUCUACAUCCCCAACUUUAGAAAAAAAGAUGAAGCCUGCAAAAGCACAGUCUGCGGAUUCAUUCAGUCCUUCAUCAAAGAAAGGACAGAAACUUAAGAAUGAUGUUAACAUUGGAAACAACCCAGCCUCUGUGUCUUUAGAUGAAAAUUUGCUCUUAAUACACAGACCUCAGGUGUCCUCUUCAGUGGAGAAUUCAGACCUGGAUAUACCUGAAUAUGAAAAUAUUUGUCACUAUGAAGAAAUCCCAGAAUAUGAAAACUUGCCGUUCACUCUAGUUCCAGAUGUCGAUGAAUAUGAUGCAACAGUUUAUGAAGUGGAUGACCCUGAGGAAGCUAGUUCUUCAGUGCCUAGGAAAGUCACCAACAGUCAUCCAUCACAAGAAGAUCCUGAUGAUGACUUGGGCCUUCACUCGGAUGAAGAGGAAAUUCUCAAUAGUUCAGAUGAAGAUGACUUUAGCUCAGACUCCAGCAAAACUGACCUUGAUAACCUGGAAGAGAAUUUGGAAAAUAGGCCAAAACAGAAGACCAAGAUUUAUUACAUUGCCAAGGAGAUCAUGAGCUCGGAAAAAGUGUUUGUUGAUGUCCUUAAGCUCCUGCAUAUAGAUUUCCGCUAUGCUGUGGCUCAAGCUUCCAAACAUCUCGGGAAGCCAGUGAUUGAAGACAAGAUCCUAAAUCAGAUCCUGUACUACCUGCCACAGCUGUAUGAGCUGAACCGAGAUGUGCUGAGAGAGCUAAAGGAAAGGAUGUCUCAGUGGAGUGAACAACAGAAAAUUGCUGAUAUUUUUUUGAAGAAAGGUCCAUACCUUAAGAUGUAUUCUACGUACAUUCGAGAAUUUGAUAGGAAUGUGGCAUUACUUGAUGAACAAUGCAAGAAAAAUGCUGCUUUUGCUGGGGUAGUGAAAGAUUUUGAGGUGAGCCCUCGUUGUGCUAACUUGGCUUUGAAGCAUUAUUUACUCAAACCGGUUCAAAGGAUUCCUCAAUACCGAUUGCUCUUAACAGAUUACCUCCAGAAUCUCUCACAGGAAUCUUCGGACUACAAUGACACACAGGCUGCCUUGAGCGUAGUCAUUGAAGUUGCCAAUCAUGCCAACGACAUCUUAAAGCACGGGGACAAUUUUCAAAAGCUUAUGCAGAUUCAGUACAGCCUUAAUGGUCAUCAUGAAAUUGUCCAGCCAGGAAGGGUUUUUCUGAAAGAAGGGACUUUGAUGAAGCUUUCCAGGAAGGUCAUGCAGCCGCGAAUGUUUUUUUUGUUUAAUGAUGCUUUACUAUACACGACUCCUGUCCAGUCAGGAAUGUAUAAACUUAACAACAUGCUUUCUCUGGCUGGGAUGAAGGUAAGGAAGCCAACCCAAGAGGCCUAUCAGAAUGAGCUGAAUAUAGAAAGUGUGGAGAGAUCCUUCAUUUUGUCUGCCAGCUCGGCCUCUGAAAGAGAUGACUGGCUUGAUGCAAUUUCUGCUGCCAUAGAGGCUUAUGCCAAAAAGAAAACUACCUUCAAUCCUGCUAAAAGUCAGGAAGAGACUGAUCCUGAAGAGGAAGGAGAUAAUACUCUUGGAUCAAAGGCACCUAUCUGGAUCCCUGAUGGCAGAGCCACUAUGUGCAUGAUCUGUACUAGUGAAUUCACUCUCACCUGGAGAAGACAUCACUGCAGAGCAUGUGGAAAGAUUGUGUGUCAAGCCUGCUCAACAAACAAGUACAGCCUGGAAUAUCUUAAGAAUCAUUUAGCACGUGUGUGUGAUCACUGCUUUGAAAAACUUCAGAAACAAGAUAGCCAAUGCAUUGCCAAGACAGGCUCACCUGCUAACCACAAGUCCCCUUCUAGUGCACUUUCUUCAGUGUUGCACAGUAUUCCCUCGGGAAGGAAGCAGAAAAAAAUCCCUGCAGCUCUUAAAGUGUCUGCCAGCACAGAAGAUUCAACAAUGAGUGGUUACUUACAUAGAUCAAAGGGCAGCAAAAAGCCUUGGAAACAACUGUGGUUUGUCAUAAAGAACAAAGUCUUAUACACAUAUGCUGCUAGUGAGGACAUUGCAGCACUGGAGAGCCAACCUCUUCUGGGAUUUACAGUUCAAGUAGUAAAUGAAGAUGCCAAUGAAAAUAAAGUAAUUCAUCUACUGCACAAAAACACUUUGUUUUAUGCUUUCAGAGCGGAUGAUGUGCAUACUACUGAAAGGUGGAUUGAAGCAUUUCAAGAGGGAACAGUAUUGUAAGAUAUAGGAUAUCUUGACAUGAACACUACAGACAGCUAUCAUUUUUUUGGGAUUAUUUUGUACAAUUCUUCUUCAACCUUGUGUACAUAUUAUUUAUUAAAUCACAGAUUCUGCCUCCAGAUCAGAUACACGUGAGACUGACAGACAUUAUUUGUACAUUUAUAAAUAUAUUUUAUUGUACUGUUAAUUUUUUAUACAUAUUUUACAUAAAUGUCUGAAGAACUCGUGUACUUUUUUUUAUUACUAUGAAAAGUUGUUGCUUUCCCUAGAAAGACAAAAAUAAAUAGUGCUGAUCCUCCCUGCAAACAAAUAUAUGAUGGUCUAUGCAAAGUAACAAGCCUUGUGGACUCUCUGGUAUCACAUCCAAUACCAGACUAGAGCUGCCCAAAAAGAUGGUUGGCUCACAUGCCUAUAUUUCUGUACAUCCUUAUAUUUUAACAGCAAAAGAGAGAAACCGCUGCCAGAUACCUCUAUAAAUUCUUUAAUAUGUUUUAUUUAAACAUACUAGGGGAGAUUUAUCAAUGCAUUUCUGCCACUUUUUUUGUGAGUCUUUGCGCAAUAAAUAGACACCUUUGGUAAAAAGUGACUGUGAAAUGCAGUGCUUCAUUCUGGACUAUGCAGUGAAUGAGAUUUAUUAACUGCAUCAUUUUUAAAGGCGCAAAUUAUAAUGCGCAAAGGGCAAAAUGCUAAUUUCUACCACCUUUUGCCUUGCUUUAGUGAAAAGUGACAUCCUGCAGCAAGUUCUGAGGGGAUUUUUCAUUUGUGCAAAAAUGAUCAAAGUCUUUGUGCCCUGUUGAUAAGUUUGGUGCAAAUAAGGCAAAAACAUAGCAAAAAAAAAAAAGGCAAGAGGAAUAACUAUACACAGCCACAUAAUGAUAAAUCUCCACCACUGUUUUUGUGCAUUGUCAAGCCAAUGUUCACUAAUCUCCACUAAUAGUAUUAAUAGCUUCAGGUCAGCGUUCGGUAACUGCUUUCUGUUA